AUGGGGUUCCUCGCGGACUCAGCGGAGGAGGAGGUGUGGGCGGAGACGCAGCGCAGCAGCGUGGUUCGCCUGCAGGUGGGCCUGCUGGGAACGGCGAGGAAGCUCCAGCGCGACCUCGACCAGAUGGCGUCGCGCGCCGACACCGGCUCGCAGGAGGGCCUGCACUCCAUCCUCCAAGAGACCGUUCUCGCUCUCCUGCGCAACCCCGACUACUGCAUUUACGGCUUCUCCACGUCGGAGACGGCCAAUGACUCGUACGGGGGGGAGGCGGCGUUCAACCGGCUGAGCAUGGGCGAGCGCAGCAAGUUCAAGGAGGAGACACUCGUCAAUGUCGGCGACAUGCGGAAACGGUCGGAGCGCGAGCCCAGCGAGCAGCGAAUGAACAGCGAAUACAUUGUGGUCACCAUUCUGGCGGCCACAGAGGGAACUUUCGUGCUGCCCGAGGUUAAAUCUAAUGCCGACCUGAGAGAGGCGCUCACCAUCCUAGGGUCCAUCCCUGCUGACGAGCUCCAGGCCGUGGAGGUGCUGUGGACGCCGCAAAAUGAGGAGGACACACUCACAACGCGCGACAUGCUCGAGGACUAUCCCUCACUGCGACCUCUGUAG